GUUUUGAAAUGUCUCCAAGUUUUGCAUUCCCGAUGUUCCCAAGUUCACACACAGGAGCGCUAGUGUUGGUCCAACUACCAAAGCUCUCUUUGGGACUGCAAGAAGAUAAAGCUGACCUGCUGAAAUGAGUUUCCUUGGUGGUCUGUUUGGUCCUGUGUGUGAGAUUGAUGUCAUACUCAACGAUGCCGAGAGCAGGAAAACAGCAGAGCUGAAAACAGAAGAUGGGAAAGUGGAGAAACAUUAUUUAUUUUAUGAUGGAGAGUCAGUUUCUGGCAAAGUGAACCUCAGCGUAAAACAAACUGGCAAGCGGCUUGAGCAUCAGGGAAUUCGGAUAGAGUUCGUCGGACAGAUCGAACUGUUCAGUGAUAAAAGCAACACCCACGAGUUUGUGAACCUGGUAAAGGAGCUUGCUCUUCCAGGAGAGCUGACCCAGAACCGCAGCUAUGACUUUGAGUUCAUGCAGGUGGAGAAGCCGUACGAGUCCUACGUUGGAGCUAACGUGCGACUGAGGUAUUUCCUCAAAGUAACCAUAGUGAGGAGGCUUUCUGAUUUGGUCAAGGAGUAUGACCUCAUUGUCCAUCAGCUUGCCACUUACCCAGAUGUCAACAAUUCCAUCAAGAUGGAAGUGGGCAUUGAAGACUGCCUACACAUAGAGUUUGAGUACAACAAGUCCAAAUACCAUCUAAAGGAUGUCAUUGUGGGCAAAAUCUACUUCCUUCUGGUUCGGAUCAAAAUCCAACACAUGGAGCUUCAGUUAAUCAAGAAAGAAAUGACGGGAAUUGGACCGAGCACAACCACCGAGACAGAGACCGUGGCUAAGUACGAGAUUAUGGACGGAGCACCGGUGAAGGGCGAGUCCAUCCCCAUACGCCUCUUCCUGGCUGGUUAUGACCUCACAGCUACGAUGAGAGACGUAAACAAGAAGUUCUCUGUGAGGUACUUCCUAAAUCUGGUGCUGGUAGAUGAAGAGGACAGGAGAUACUUCAAACAGCAGGAGAUCGUUUUGUGGCGAAAAGCCCCCGAGAAGAUGAGAAAACGCCAAAACUUCCACCAGCGUUAUGAGUCCCCCGAGUCACGGCCGAGCCUCUCUGCUGAACAGCCUGAAAUGUGAGCAAGCAGCCAGCCAUGGACACGUUUCCGCAUUGGCCAAUCGCAGGAGAGGAGAGCAAAUCCCACCGAACAUCUCCACCUCCACUCCUCGCAGCUUGCAGUGAUCGGCCAUGUCUGUGCCUGCCUUCGCUGUGUCCACACCGCCGUCCACAGCAACCAGUCUGUUAGCAUUUAAGGACUUCUUCCACACUAUAGAGAGCACUGGAACAGAAGCUACUAUGUCAAAUCCCGUAGUACAUUUUGGGGCUUGUACCCUACACUAGAAGAAGAUUUUUAAAGCACUUGCUAGUUUUUGAAGCUCCAGAUAGAUCAAAUGCCAUCCAGGAUAUAAAAGUAUAUAUAUUUUACUUGACUUCACUUUAGAAAGGUUACCACUGCAUGCUGGCUGGUUGAAACAAAUAUUGGGUUAUUAGAGGUGAAGGUUGACCGCAGGGGUCGUUUUUCAUCAGUCCAGGAAUGAAAUGUGUUCUGCUUCUGUGUACCCAGGCCACAAUGCCAUACCGAUAUUUUGCAAUCACAAUAGUAUGUUAAAAACAAAACAAAAUACUAUUUAACUUAUUUAGCAUCUAAUCUCCUUUAGGCCAUUACUGCAGUAUAUAAAUUCUCCUUACUGUAAUUACUUUUUGGGGAAAAAAAUGAAAAAUAUAUAUGUAUAGCAUUAAAAUAUUCUUUUUUUUUUUUUUUUUUUUUUGCAUGAGGCUUUGGAUUUGAAACUUUUCAAUAUGAUGAGUUUUCUUUUAAGACGGAAUUACCUGUUCAGCUCAUGGGGUCUAACUGGUUAUGUUCAGAGUUAGCCGCACAGAACGGCACACUUAAAUAUAGUUUUUUGUUUUGUUUUUCCUUAUCUUGUUGAUAUCACUCAAUCUCCUAACAGACUUAUAUGCAGACUGCACUGCUUUUCAUUUUAGAGUAUUAACGGUUUCCCUUUUUUUUUUUUUCUUUUCGAAUACCACAUGCAGCCAUUUCAUCCGUUUGUUUAAUCGUACAUGUGAUCAUACGCUUAUGAUGAAAUGAGUCAUGUUUCUUUCAUGACAUGUUUAAGGUUCUGGUUUAACAAAGUGUUUAACAUCAGAUUUUCAUUCUGUUGCUAACGUACAAUGUGCCGGUUUUCUCUAGGACGGUGAGAAGCUACAUUCCUUUGGAUGUGUAUUUACCAGCAUAUAAGCCAUUAUGGUUAAAAUAUGAACAAUACUGACAUGUAUACAGUAAUAUAGGAAUGGCAUUUCCCACCUACAGUACAGGCUGCUGCAGUAAUGCAUCAUAAAUAUAAGAAUGGAGUGAAGCAGAUGAAAAAAUUUGUUGUUAGUGGACCUUCGAAAAAAAACUGUACAUAUCCAGCCUCAAUAUGUUUAUCUGUUAAAAUAAAAAUGCAAGUUUAUACUGGUAAACAAAAUCUGACUGCAUUUACACAUCAGGCAUGCAAAUAUACUGUCGCUUAACCCUGUGGGAUGGGUUUAGCUAAAGAAA